UCAUGUUUUUAACUUAAGUAACUUGAGGUUUCGACUAUUAAAAAAGUAAAUACUCGUAUUCAAAUUAAAUUUUCAAUAUGAAAUCUUCCAGAAUUUCUCCAGGUCCAAGAACAGUUAAUAUGGGAAAAGGAACCAGUUAUAGACCUAGAACUUCAAGCAAGAGAAACACUCCUCAACGAAAUGAAACAGAACAAAAAGCUACUCAUUCUUCCCAGAAAGAUGAAAAUUGUAGAAAGACAACUUCGAACAAACCAAGUGAUUGUAGAAGAUUAGGAGGUUCUCGGCAAGAACAACAGAAUACAUGUAACAAGGAAAAUCCCAAAAGAACUGUUUCUGAUUCGGAUGUGUUGAAGAAUAGUGGGUCUGGAGACCAGAACUCAAACUCUGAAGCAAGCCAGACUUCUUCCCCAAGUAUCAACUCCCAGAAUAGUGAUUCAGCUUCCAAAACAACAAAGAAAAAAACUGGUCGUGUUGUACAGUCUCGCUAUAAAGCUGCAGCGUCCCGUGCAGCCAAGCCCUCUACACCAAGAAGUAUUUCCUUAGAGAGAGUCUCAGAUUCACAAUCUGGAAGAAAAGAG